GUUAGUUUACAUACAAACAUCAGUGUGUUCAGUCUUUAGGACGCUCGUGUAUCAAGUUUGCAACAAACGAAGAGCUAAACUCAGAAAGGGAGUGCUGCGUUUGUCACCAUGUUGAAUGAUGAUCCUAAUGGUAACGAACGAACCAAAAGUAAUGGCCGAGUCUACAUGGAUAACAAUACCCAGUUUGGUUGGUUUAGUAUUCGACCAGGAUUUUUGCAAAUCUUGACUAAACCUCUCGUGACUUUCCUCUUGUUGGUCGGCUGUGUUUCUACACAGGUCAUUUUACAGCAUAUGCUGCCGGCAGUGCGACGAACAUUAACAAGAAGAUAUAACCUCAGUGAAAAAGAUAUGAAUGGUUUAGAAGUAGCUCAAGGAAUCUCGUUGAUGGUUACCGUCAUUCUUGUUGGUUAUUUUGGUAGUUUUCGUGCAUCGAAAAUACGUUGCAUUACUGCCGGGAUUGUGAUAUCCGGUCUCGGCGCUGUGUUCUUUUCCAUUCCACAUUUCCGCACAGAGGCUUACAAACCACAGGAUCAUCCUAAACAAGCUCUUAUGAUGUUCGGCUUGUGUAAAUUCGCCCAGAUGCCUUGCAAUGACGAAGAUGUGAAAUCGAAGCAUAUGUCGCUAUUUGUCAUCGGGCAAAUAUUGAUUGGCGUUGGCCUGGCUCCGAUAUAUUCCCUUGUUCCAGCGUAUAUUGACGAGAAUGUUAAACCAAAAUGGAUGCCUAUAAUUAUGACGGUUUACUACGCGUUUCUUUCUCUUGGUCCUGUCAUAGGAAUGGCUGUCGCAGGAAUCUUCCUACAGGCAUAUAUAGAUAUUGAUCAGCCUGAUUUGAUUCAUCAGAUGGAUCAGGAAGACAACCGCUGGUUAGGCGCAUGGUGGCUCGGAUUCCUCGUAUUUGGUCUUAUGACAAUGGCCAACGCAAUUCUUGUUUCUGGUCUUCCACCCUCCUUACCAGGCUCUCGUGCUAUGAGAGACGAGCAUGUCCAUCAAGGGAAUAUUCCAACGGACGAUGCGAAGAUCACUCGAACUCCAAAAGGAAUUAUUCACGCAACGACAUCGCUGUUGAGAAACAAAGCAUAUCUUUUUAAUAUUUUGGCGUCUGUUUGUAUUAUCUUCUUCUUCUACGCUAUUGGACCUUUUAUGAUUCAAGUUGUUGUCAUCAAAUACGGCGCUGAUUUUGUGAAGGUUUUAAUGCCCGUUGUGAUAGUCUUGCUCUUGGGGAUUAUAGUUGGUGUUACCAUUGGUGGUUACUUAACAUACCGAAUCAAAUUAAAAAAGCUCGGCAAGGGUGCAGCGUUGUUGUGUCUGGCUACCCAGGCAUUCUGCAUCCUGGCACCUCUACUCUUUGUGAUUCCCGGAUGUAAUGAGAGCAAUAUUGCUGGUGUAACCAAAGAAUAUCCAGCUCUGGGCGGUAAAGUAAUGAAGAAAAUGGGGAGAAAUGGUUCAAGCGAGAUUACAGCAGCAUGUAACAAACAUUGUGGAUGUUCUACGUUCCUCAGUCAACCAGUUUGUGGCUCAAACAACGUCGCAUAUUUUGAUCCUUGCCACGCUGGAUGUCAGUUUAGACCAACUGAAGAAGACUACGUUAAUUGUACAUGCAUACCCUCCAAUAUCCCUGGGAUGAAAUUUGGCACAGCAAAGAAAGGUUUCUGUGAUCGAGGUUGUGCAAGUUGGAAAGUGUUUCUUUUUGUUACGUUCUUGGCUGUUGUCUUAUUUGGAGCUAAUAUUGUACCGAAUAGAGUCGUCGUGUUACGUUGUGUCCAGAACAAUCAAAGAUCUUACGCCCUCGCUGUGCAACAGUUCCUCGCCAUUCUUGUAGCAUUCAUUCCAACUCAUCUCGUCAAGUAUAUCAUGAAUCACGACUGUCAUAUCUGGCAGAAGGACCCCUGUGGAAGAAAGGGGAUAUGCUGGGAUUAUGACACAAACUCCGUGUCCAAAAGUAUGACCAUAUUUGGGCUGAUCGUUACAGCUCUGGCCACAGCAUGUUAUUUCUUCUCCUGGCACACAUAUGAAGCUCCAAAGAUAGUAAAGACAAACAGAUUGCUGAGCGACACAAGCAUCACACCUGAUGAUCCUGAUGAUGGCAAGGAAACCAAAUUGUGACUUUACAUGACGUAGUAGUGUAUGACGUAUAGGAUGACGUCAUUAGUGAUAUCAGAUAUUUGUAGACGGCUAUUUUUCUAUUGAAUCUUUGUUAACGAAUUUUGAACUAAUAAAUUUGCGUAGUUAAACAUCU